UGAUUUCCUUUGCCCCUCUCCCCUCCACGCCCGCCACGGUACCAUCGCCUCCUGCACGUCCCCUGAUUCCAACCCCAAUUCCAACAAUCACAAUCACCACCAUUUUCCCCCUUUUUAAAAUCUACUGUAUUACAUAUUAAAAAGUAAUAAAAACCCGUUGUGUUCACUUGUAGAACAGUUUUCAUCAGAACCUGAAAACCCACUUUCGAUCGUUUAAAAGCUUUUCUAGGGUCGACGAUUCUCGGUUUAUACUCUGACAUCGGCGAUUAUACACAUGCCCGCGACCGUUUCUAAACAAAGGUGAUAUUCUUGAUGCUUUCAGAUCAUCAACAAGUUCCUUCUAUCCAAUUCUUGAAGAUUUUCUUGGAUUUUUUCCCUCUAUCUCUGGGGUUAAAAGACAAUUGGGGUUUUGCAUUGACUGUUAACGGUUUUUUUUGUUUUUUUAACAGCUUUUCUCUUUCAUUUAAAAUGGUUGUAUCAAUUUUGUCGGAGUACAUCCCAAAUUAUUUUAUGGCAUUUUGUUUUAUCUUUAUAGAACUUGUUAUACAAAUGAUACUUCACAAAGAAUUUGCACUUUGCACUUUCUUGAAUUCAAAGUUGUGAGUUAUUGUCGCUUUGUGGAAAUGGACAUAAAAUUCUUCAAAUGCGUUUCAUGUACAUGUUACUAACAUUCCACAGACCAAAAAUUUGUUGGUUUACAGAGAUUCACAUCCCAAUUUGAUUUUAGGUUGUUUGUUCUUUGCAAUGGAGUUGGUGGUGCUGGCAGUGGAGGGGGAGGGGUAUUUUCGUCCUCUGAAACAAAUUAUAUUUAUUUUAUUCUUUGUAAUUUGAUGAGACAUUAAAGGUAAUAAUUUUUUUUAGUUGAUGGGCAUUUUAAUUCAUUAUUUUGACACAAUUUUGUAUGGAGGGAGGAGUAUUUAUUAUGAUAACGGGCCAAAUCAUAGAAGAGGUCAGUGGAACAAAAUGCAAGAGCUCAUGUGUAAUUAGGGCAAACUUUUGGCAGUUAGUGUAAUUUAUCCUUAUUCCGUGUACCGCGUGCUUUUGGAAAGUGCUGCCAGCCUGCCGCUUUAGCCAGAAGGGAAACGGUGUUCUUCCAGUUGACUCCAUUACUUGUCUUGGCAAACUGAUGGAUAGAUGAGUUGGCUGUUUGGAUGGCUUAAUUUGCAGAUCCAUUGCCCAAACACUGAAGGGAGAUGGAAAGAUCUAUUUGAGCUUCCUGUAUUUGAUAGGAUUGGUAGUACAAUACACCUAGAAGGUUUAUUUAUUUUUAAUUUUUUUUCAGCACUCAGAGAAGAUUUAGCUUCUCAAUAUCUCAAUGGAGGUGGAAAGACAGAGGACGACUGUAUCUCAAAUGGAGUGUGAGGCGGGUCCAAGUAGGCGGAGAACUGUACCUGUAAGAUACACCGGGGCAGAUGCAGAUACUGCAUCGCACUCUUCAUCCGCAUCACUUCCAGGAGGCGCAUACGAAGUCUUCUUGAGUUUCAGAGGCCCAGACACACGCCUCGGUUUCACGGAUUUCCUCUACACUUCUCUCAUUAAAUCAGGAGUUCGCGCCUUUCGAGACGAUGAAGAGCUCCGCAAAGGAACAAAAAUUGGCCCUGAACUCAACAGAGCAAUCAGGGACUCGAGGAUCUCAAUUCCAAUCUUCUCCGCAACCUAUGCUGAAAGUGAAUGGUGCCUUAGGGAACUAGAGCUGAUGUUGGAGUGCAAUAGAAGUUCGGGGCAAUUGAUUUUACCCAUCUUCUACCAUGUCACACCCAAGGAAGUGAAGCAUCAACCAGCUGGGAGUACUUACGAGAAGGCCUUCAAGAAGCUCAAGGAAUCUGGUUUCAGUGACGAGGCUAUUGAGCAAUGGAAGAAGGCAUUGAAUGAGGCUGCACAUCUCACUGGUUGGGAAUUGAAAAACGAUGCUCAUGGGCAUGAAGGAAAACUAAUACUAGAGAAGAUUGUUCCAACAGUGUUGUCAGAGUUGAAGAUUAAAUUCAUGAAAGUAACUAGAAACUUGGUUGGAAUGGAUCAUCAUGAAAAUGAAAUGACGAGGCUAUUUAAUAUUGCCUCUGACGAUGUUCAAAUUGUUGGUAUCCAUGGCAUGAGUGGUAUUGGCAAGACAACUGUUGCCAAAUUCAUCUACAACAAACUCUUAGGGUACUUUGACUGUUGUAGCUUCCUUGAAGAUGUUCAAACGGCACAAAAACUCCAGGGUACUCUUGUUAGUUUGCAAAAACAGCUUCUCACUGACACACUAAAUUGGAGCCUUGACAUUGCUAAUGUUGACGACAGAAUAGCCAGCAGUAAACAGAAUUUUCGUAACAAGAAAGUUCUCAUUGUUCUUGAUGAUGUGAAUUCCAUUUCACAAUUUCAUCGUCUUGUGGGAGAACGUGGUUGCUUUGGUAAAGGAAGUAAGAUCAUAGUUACAACCAAAAACAAAGGUGUUUUAAAUGAUCUUAACGUUGAAUGGACUUAUGAACUCCCCAUUAUGAAUGAUGCGCAAUCUCUUCAACUUUUCAGCAAGCAUGCCUUCAACAUGGAGUUUCCUCCAGAAGAAUGUGUUAGUAUCUCUAGAAAGAUUGCAUCCACUGCUGGAGGACUUCCUCUAGCUCUCGAGUCUAUAGCUUUGUUUAUAUCUAAGAAGGAUCCAGAAAUAUGGGAAGAUGCAUUGAAGAAGUUCAUAGAAACACCCAAUGACGACGUUGGGGAAAAGUUGAGAGUAGAUUAUGAAGCAUUAAAUAAGGAGCAACGACAAAUAUUUCUCGAUGUUGCAUGUCUUUUCUCUGGGAUGGAUAAAACAGAUGUAUUUUACAUGUGGGAUGAUUGUGGCUAUUAUCCAAAGAAAGAAUUUAAUGGCCUUUAUCUAAUGUCUCUUGUGAAAGUGGGAGAUGCUAAUGAGUUGUGGAUGCACAAUCAGCUUAUAGCUCUUGGGAAGAAAAUCGUCAAUGAAGGAUUUUUUUUGGGAAACCGUAGUAGGUUGUGGAAUCACACGGACGCCUUUGAUAUAUUGGAGGGACGGAUGGGAACAGAAAAGGUUGAGGCCUUAAGUCUUGGCUUUAACUUAAAGUCUGAAGAGAAGCCUUGCUUUACAAGUGAGGAUUUCACUAAACUAGUAAAUCUGAGGUAUCUCCAAGUGGAUGGUGCAAACCUUGGUGGGGAUUUUAAGCGUGUUCUAUUGUCCUUAAGAUGGCUUAAUUGGCGUGGUUGUUCCCCAAUUUUCAAACCAACCAAUUUUCAUAUGAAGAAUCUAGUCAUUCUGGAUCUAUCAAAGAGUGGCAUCACAGAAGAAUGGGGGGGUUGGAAUCAAAUCAAGAUGGCAAAAAAGUUGAAAGUUCUACAAGUGGCUGAUUGUGCUUUAAGGAGAACUCCUAACUUUUCAUCAUAUACACCUUUGGAGAGAUUGAUUCUUGGACGCUGCAAAAGUUUAAAAUAUAUUGACCCGUCCAUAGUCAAUCUAAAGAAUUUGAAAGUGCUCGACAUUUCAUAUUCUGAUAUAAGGGAGUUACCUGAUGAAAUUUGGAAGUUGAAGAAUUUGGAAGUGAUGGAUUUCACCGAGUGUAGUUACUUGGACGUGAACAUUCCUAGUAAUAUAAAAAAACUAUCUUCUUUGAGAUUCUUGAGCUUUUAUGGUUCCAAAAUUCAAAGCCUACCACCGAAAAUUUGGAGGCUCACUCAACUCCAUACCCUUAACAUAGGAGGCUGCACAAAGCUUCAUUCACAGCCAGAGCUUCCCUCAAGUUUAAGGAUUCUGAAUGUCAGUGAUAUUCCCAACCUUACAAAUCUGGUUAAUUUACAGGAAUUGCAAUUGUUUGAGUGCCAUAAUCUUGUGAUGCCCACAAAUAUUGGGAAAUUAUUCAAAUUGGAGAAACUGACAUUUGAUCGUACGGAAAUAAAGUCCUUACCUAAAGAUAUCGAUCUCCUUUCUCAGCUGAAGGUGCUCGACAUACGGUCGUGUGAUGAACUCCAGUGUAUAUUGGGCUUACCCUCAAGUCUAGUUGAGUUAUCUCUAGCAAUUUGUGAUUCAUUGGAAACAUUGCCAGAUCUGUCAAAUAUGAAAAAUUUGUCGAGUUUGUUACUUAAGAAUUGCAAUAAGCUAGCAUGGGUUCAUGGUCUUGGAAAAUUAGAAUCGUUGACGAGUUUGUACAUAUUUGCAUGCGAGAUGCUAGCUACCACUGAAAAGAUGCCCAAUUUGUCAAACUUAAAGAAGUUGGAAAUAUUAUCUAUUAGUAAUUGUUCAAAACUUCAUGAUAUCCAAGGGCUUGACAAAUUGGAAUCACUGAAAUAUUUGAAUUUGCGUGGUUGUGAGAACUUGCUUAAAAUUGAGGGCCUUAAGGCUUUGAAAUCUUUGGAAGUCUUGGACGUGUCAAGGUGCACAUCAUUGGAAACAAUACCGAUUCUGCCAUCUGCAUAUGUACGACGGUGCGAAGGUGAGAUUUUUGCUGCAGAUUCAGUCUACAGGUAUUGGACAGAGUUGAGAUUGAAAAAAUUGGACUUGCGGCUACCUGUGUUAAGUGGAUAUAGAAAUGAAACUACACACAAGACGCAUUGUUGAAGGAAUGGGAUGAUGACUACCAUGAUUAACAGUGAGGUGCCAUUGGUGAACAGUCACUUUGUGAGUAUAAAAAGUUAGGUCUCUGCAAGUCUUCUUUCAUUUCAAAAUUGUACAAAUUCGAACAUGCUUAAUUUUAUUUCUAUCUUUAUUUUGUAGGUUUUAUAGAAACUUGUGGGUUACCACAAGACAUGAGCUGAAGGCUAUAGAAGGCAAGUGGAUAUUGGUGUGAAGAUGCACCAGGAGUACUAUGGAAGCAAUGGUAGCUUGCAUUAGGGAAGCAGGGGUGCGUAAAAGUUUUUUUUUUUUUUUUUUU